AUGGUGGAACUGCCCCACAACUCUAAAGAGUACGUGCUGCUGUCGGGGGUCUCGCCGUUCCGCGGUGACGACGCCAAAGAGACGGCCCAGAACAUUACGUUCGUGCGGUACCGCUUCGAGUACCUCUACAAGGAGCUCAGCCAGGAGGCGACGCGCUUCUUUAUGCUGCUGUUCAAGCGCGCGCCCAGCAAACGACCUACCGCGGAGGAGUGCCAGGAGCACCGCUGGCUCAUGCCCACGGACUACAUGAUCAAGAAGCGGGAGCGCUCGGUCUUCCUGGGCAACCGGCUCAAAGAGUACAACGAGGAGUACCACGAGCAAAGGCGCCAGUGCACCGUGGAACAUGGCAGACUCGGCGAGGCUUUUGGCUCGUCCCAGCGCGAGCUCGCCAGGUCGAACAGCAUACAGGACGAGCUGCUCACGACAUUCUGAGCGGACCGUGGCCUCCUCAUCCUCGAAGCUCACCGUCAUCUUCGUCCCUCCGAUCCAUCAUCUCCUUUCCUCAUACACAUUGCAGCUUCUUCUACUCUCACUUACACCGCACGCUACUACUUUUUUCCCCCUCGUUCAUCACUUCAUCAUCGUCAUCAUCGUCAUUCAUCAUCAUCGUCUCAACCCCUCAUUCAACUUAGUUCUUCGUUAUUUUACUGUAUUUAAUUAAUUAUUUUUAUGGUAUCGAGCGAUGUUCUGGUCGAUUAAGGGCAGGAACGAACAAUCGAAAGAAACAAAUGUACAUUUCUCGACGACGAAACAAAUAAAAAAAAAAAAAAAAAAAAAAAAAAAAAA